AUGCCAAGGAAAGCUCCUCUGAGUGAACCACAUGAAGACACCGAUUGUUGGCAGUCCACAAAUGAUGGUGAUAUUGAGAUGGAUGAUCAACCUGUUGGUGCUCGUAUAUGUGACGAAGCAGGAAAUUUUAUUCACCCAGAUACACCUCUGCCUCCCUACACCUCUCGGGCCCCAGAUGACUGGACACCUUACCACAAUCAAAUCGAGUUCAAGACAGCCAAGUUUCUUUAUUCGAAAGUCCAAAUGUCCGCAGGUGAUAUCGACAAACUUAUGCAGUUGUGGGGUGCUACACUUGCAAAACACAAUGAUGCCCCUCCAUUUUCAGACCACUGUGAUUUGUAUUCGACUAUUGACAACACACCGGUUGGAGAUGUCCCAUGGAAAUCUUUUUCGAUGAAAUACAAUGCCAAGGACAAUGAUAUGAAUGAAAGUGCACCAUGGAUGGACAAGACAUACACCACAUGGUUUCGUGAUCCACGCACUAUAAUACAUAACAUGCUCGCCAAUCCGGAUUUCAAGGACACAAUGGACUAUGUACCAUACCAGGAAUUUAUUAGAGAGGGUGAUGAUGCAAAGUGUCAAUGGCGCAAUCUAAUGUCAGAUCCCCGUACACAUGGUGCAACCUUUGUUCCGGUAAUCCUUGGAAGCGACAAAACAAUGGUUUCAGUAGCAACUGGACAAAACGAUUACUACCUGCUGUAUGUUUCGAUUGGCAAUGUCCACAAUAAUAUUCAUUGUGCCCACCGAAAUGCUGUCGCUCUUAUUGGUUUCUUGGAUAUCCAAAAGACAUCCAAAAAACAUGCUGAGGACCCACACUUUCGAAAAUUCAAGAACCAACUCUUCCAUAGUUCAUUGUCGCAAAUAUUGUUGUCACUCAAGCCUGCAAUGUCUGUUCCCGAGGUUACACGCUUUGGAGACGGGCACUUUUGCCAUAUGGUAUAUGGCCUAGGACCCUACAUUGCCAAUUACCCUGAACAAUCAGUCCUUGCUUGCAUCAUUUACAAUUGGUGUGCGAAGUGCUUUGCAUUCCCUAAUAACUUGGAUGCACUUGACAAUGGGCUGCGUGGCCGAGAAUUCGAUUACACAACACUGUGGGAGGAAUGGGGAAUUAUUGGUGACUUAGUGCCUUUCACCGAUGAUUACCCUCAUGCCGAUAUCCAUGAGCUCCUGUCACCAGAUAUCCUGCAUCAAAUUGUUAAAGGCACAUUUAAAGACCAUUUAGUUAUGUGGGUCGAACAGUAUCUACUGCAGGAACACGGAAAGACACACACAAAAGAGAUUCUCGAUGACAUUGACCGCCGGUAA